AUGGUGCUCACCUUCACCCUCUGCCUCCUGGGCAGCUCUGCUUGGCUCCUGAUCUCCACGGCUGAGGCUCGAGUUCCCCUGUGCCCGCUCCCAAACAUCCGCUAUGGGACGAGAGUACCCCGUGCUCGCCUUUACUACAGGCCCGGGGACAUCGUGAGCUUCACCUGCAACCCGGGCUACACCCUGCAGGGCUCCCGCAUCAGCACCUGCGGGGCUGACUUCAGAUGGAACCCACCUCUGCCAGCGUGCAAGAAGGAGGGGACGUGUCCUCGGCCACCGAACAUCGCCAACGGGCUGCACGCUGCACAGUCCCUGGACAAGGUUUCCCGAGGAGUGACUGUGCACUACAGCUGCAGGGAUGGAUACACUCUGGUUGGGAAUGAGUCCAUCACCUGCACGGAGGCUGGAGUGUGGAGCCGGCCCCUGCCCCGCUGUGAAGCAAUUGGCUGUAAGGUACCCAAGGUGCAGAAUGGGAAGGUCUACAAUCUGCAGAGCACCUACAAAGCUGGGGAGACUCUUCACUUUGACUGUGACAUAGGUUAUGCUGCAGAGAACACCUAUGAGAGUCAGUGCCAGCCUGGGGGAACUUGGGAUCCGCCAGGGCUCAUCUGCCAGAGGGUCCGACCCUGCCCUAUGCCUCCAGAGAUCACCAAUGGAAACCACAACGGCCAGGGCAAAGCAGAGUUUACCAUGGGAAUGUCUGUAAGAUACACCUGCAGUCCUGGCUAUUACCUGGUUGGAAAUGCUGAUGUAUUUUGCAGAGUCUCAGGGAGCUGGAGCCAGCCCGGCCCUCGCUGUGAAGAGGUGACGUGUCCUCGGCCACCGAACAUCGCCAACGGGCUGCACACUGCACAGUCCCUGGACGAGGUUUCCCGGGGAGUGACUGUGCACUACAGCUGCAGGGAUGGAUACACUCUGGUUGGGAAUGAGUCCAUCACCUGCACGGAGGUUGGGGUGUGGAGCCGGCCCCUGCCCCGCUGUGAAGCAAUCGGCUGCGAGAUACCCGAGGUGCAGAAUGGGAAGGUCUACAAUCUGCAGAGCACCUACAAAGCUGGGGAGACUCUUCACUUUGACUGUGACACAGGUUAUGCUGCAGAGAACACCUAUGAGAGUCAGUGCCAGCCUGGGGGAACUUGGGAUCCGCCAGUGCUCAUCUGCCAGAGGGUCCGACCCUGCCCCAUGCCUCCAGAGAUCACCAAUGGAAACCACAAUGGCCAGGGCAAAGCAUUUUUUACCGUGGGAAUGUCUGUAAGAUACACCUGCAAUCCUGGCUAUUACCUGGUUGGAAAUGCUGAUGUAUUUUGCAGAGCCUCAGGGAGCUGGAGCCAGCCCGGCCCUCGCUGUGAAGUGACUGUCUGCAUAAACCCAACUGCAGCCAAUGGGAGGCAAGUUGAUGUUCAAGGACUUAUCUCUGCACCUGGGCAAACACUGACAUUUCGGUGCCAGGAUGGUUACAGCCUGCAAGGCAGUGCCAAGGUCUCCUGCCAAGAGGAUGGAAGCUGGCAGCCUCCUAUUCCCAUCUGUGAGAGAUCAUUCCUUCACCAGAACUCCUUAAACAGGCUCGAAUCUUCAGGUGGUUGUGGUCCUCCCACAAGGUUACACUUUGCUGAGCUCAAUGAGGAGCAUAGAAAUACGAUUGAUUUUUCUGUUGGGAAGACUGUGCAAUACACUUGCCGACCUGGAUAUGCUAAACACCCAGGAAUGUCACCUACUAUAACAUGCCUUGAGAGCGGAGUGUGGUCAGAAGCACUAGAGUUCUGUAAAAGGAAGCAAUGCAGUCACCCUGGUGAACCUGUGAAUGGGAAAAUUAUUUCCCUGACAGACCUCCAGUUUGGGUCAACAGUGGUCUACGGCUGUGAGGAAGGGCACAGGCUAAUUGGACAAUCCAGCAGAAGGUGUGAGAUUUCUGGUGGACGUGUUGAAUGGAGCGGCGACGUUCCCGUUUGCCAGCGUAUCCCUUGCGAGCCACCUCCGGACAUUCCCAACGGGAAGCACACGGGCAGGCUGCUGAAUGAAUUCUACUAUGGCAUAGCUGUAACAUACACCUGCAACCCUGGGUUCCCACUCCACGGAGAGCCCUCCAUCCACUGCACCACCCAGGACGGGGAAAACGGCGUGUGGAGCCAGCCCAUCCCCACGUGUGGAGAGGCAAACUGUCCCGUCCCACGGGUCCAGAAUGGGAGGAUCGUGUCUCCUAGAUCUGCCUACUCACACCAGGACACCGUGACCUUUGAGUGUGAGCCAGGCUUUGUCCUGCGUGGCCACAGAGUGGUCCAGUGCCAACCCAAUAACACCUGGGAGCCACCCGUGCCAGUCUGCACUCAGGCUGGCUGCAGUGCACCUGCCAGGCUGGAGUUUGCUGAGCUGAAGGAGCCCCACAACAACCAGACCGUGUUCCCCGUGGGGAGGACAGUGGAAUACGUGUGCCGGCCGGGCUAUUCCCAGCACCCGGGGAUGCCACCAUCCAUCACAUGCCUCAGGAACCAGACGUGGUCUGUGGUGCUGGAGUUCUGUAAAAGGAAGCAGUGUCCUGACCCAGGGCACCCAGUGAAAGGCAGAGCUGUUGUCCUGACAGACCUCCUCUUCGGGUCCAAAAUUAACUACACUUGUGAUGAAGGGUACAAGCUGGUUGGAAGCUCUCAGAGAACAUGCGAGGUCUCUGGCACACGUGUCUCGUGGAGUGGAGAUGCUCCUGUCUGCCAACGGAUCGUGUGUGCUCCACCUCCGGCCAUCCCCCACGGGACACACAGCGGGCACUCGAGGGACACCUUCUCCUACGGGGACGUGGUCACCUACUCCUGUGACUCCGGGCACUCGCUGGCAGGAGAUCCCUCCAUCCUCUGCACCUCCUCAGACGGGGAGCACGGAGCGUGGAGCGGGCCAGCGCCGCGGUGCCAAGAGGUGAAGUGUCCCCCCCCUCCGAGCAUUCCCAACGGGAAGCACAGCGGCCAGCCCUCGGACAGGCACCUCCCGGGCUCGGCUGUGCAGUACAGCUGCUCGGAGGGCUACACCCUCAUCGGGAACGCCUCCAUCCACUGCACUGCCGCCGGGACGUGGAGCCGGCCCCGGCCCCGAUGUGAAGCAAUUGGCUGCGACAGCCCACAGAUCCAGAAUGGAAGAACGACUGGGCUGGAGACCACGUACAGACUUGGGGAUGUUGCUGUCUUCGAAUGUGAUUUUGGUUAUGCCUUGAGGGGCUCUCAACAGUCUCGCUGCCAGUUUGGGGGCAAGUGGGACCCUCCUUUCCCCACCUGUGAGAAGAUGCUGCCAUGUCCUUCCCCUCCAAAUAUCAAAAACGGCCGGCACGACAGCAAGGAUGUGGAUGUGUUUAUCCCUGGAAUGUCAGUGAAGUACUCCUGUGACCCGGGGUAUGUCCUCACCGGGAAAACGACAGUUUCCUGUUUGCCAUCUGGAUCCUGGAGCAUCCCUUACCCCCGGUGUGAAGUGAUCACCUGCACAAGCCCCAGCAUCCGGGAUGGAGAGGUGGCUGAAGGCCGGAGCGCUGUGUACCUUCCUGGGGCCAACAUCACCUUCCAGUGCCACCCAGGCUACGUCCUGCGGGGCAGCCAUGCAGCCAAGUGCCAGCCUGACGGCCGCUGGGUGCCUGCUGUGCCCACCUGUGAGCGAGAGCUGCUGUGCCCUGAGCCUCCCGUCAUCGCCCACGCCACGCACGGCGCGGAGCUCGGGGCCAACUUCACCAGCGGGAUGUCGGUGACCUACAGCUGCCAGCCCGGCUUCUCCCUCCUCGGAGCCCCUUCCAUCUGGUGCACGGCCUCGGGGAGCUGGAGCCUUCCAUACCCACGCUGUGCAGCUGGUUGUGGCACACCAACAAAGUUGUUGUUUGCUGAGCUGAACGAGGAGUAUAAAAAUCAGACUGAGUUUCCUGUUGGGAAGAUUGUGGAAUACACUUGUCAGGCUGGAUACGUGAAAGAGCCACAGAUACCACCAACUAUUACAUGUCUUGAAAAUCAAACAUGGUCUGAAGCCCUGGAGUUUUGUAAAUUGCUGCAGUGUCCUUCACCUCCAGCUAUUGACAACGGAAAUCACAACAGCCAGGACUUGGAAGUUUUCCCCCCUGGGAUGGUUGUAAACUACAGCUGUGACCCUGGGUACAGCCUCCUGGGAGAGGCAUCCAUCUACUGCACUGACUCUGGCAACUGGAGCCUCCCUCUCCCUCGGUGUGCAGGUGGCUGUGGUGCACCUCCAAACUUCACCUUUGCUCAGCUAACUAAGGAACACAGAAAUCAGGUGGAAUUUGCUGCCGGGGACACCGUGCGCUACAGCUGCCAGCCAGGAUACGUGAGACGCCCCGGAGUGUCCCCAACUCUGACCUGCCUCAAAAACCACACGUGGUCUGAAGCGCUAGAGUUCUGUAAAAGGAAGCAAUGUAUAUAUCCAGAAACACCCAAGAAUGGCAGAGUUGUUGUUCUGACAGAUCUCUUUUUGGGGUCCACCGUGAGCCACACGUGUGAGGAAGGGCACCAGCUGGUUGGACAGUCUCACAGGAGAUGUGUGAUUUUUGGACGAGAUGUCACAUGGACUGGUCUUCCUCCCCUUUGUCAGAAGGUGGUGUGUCCCCUCCCACAGAUCCAGAAUGGGAGGGUAACCCUUCUGAAAUAUCGCUACACCUACAAAGACACUGUUACUUUUAAGUGCCGCAAAGGUUUCACCCUGCGAGGCCAUCACACCUCCCAGUGCCGAGCUGAUAAAUCCUGGGAUCCUCCUCCCCCCGUCUGUGAGCAGGGUAAGUCUCAGCACUUGGACUCGUGUUUGCUCACCCACAUUUUUAAACUCUCAGUGUUGCAUCCAGAUGGAGUGGCAGAACAUUAUCAUCAUCCCAACACCACAACAAAGCCAGUGCUGCACUGCUCCAAGCCUGCAGAUAUCACUCAUGGGUCUCUCAGCAGCCCAGCAAAAGCGUUUUUCACUCCUGGAACAUCUGUGAGCUACAUCUGUGAUCCCGGCUUCUCUCUCCUUGGGACAGCAUCCAUUUAUUGCACACCAUCUGGAGCCUGGAGCCAUCCUCCUCCCGUCUGUCAAGCUGUGAAGUGCCUCCAUCCUCCAAACAUCACCAAUGGGAAGCUCAAAGGCAACAUCUCACACACUUUUCCCUAUGGAGCAUCUGUGUCCUACAGCUGCAAUCCUGGUUAUUCACUUGUUGGGAAUCCUUUUAUCAACUGCACGGUGUCAGGAACCUGGAGCCAGCCUCUUCCUCAGUGCAAAGAGAUCAGAUGUGAAUUCCCGGAUGUUCAAGGUGUUAAGAAAGCCAUUAAAGGAAACACUUAUCGUUCUGGGACCAACCUCACUCUUGAAUGUGAUGAUGGUUACACGUUGCAAGGCAUCAGUCAGACUCAGUGCCAAGAGGAUUUCAGCUGGGACCCUCCUGUGCCACCCUGUAAACUGACAUCACACAAGUCUGGGUCACUAGGCCUCGGAGUCGCAGCCGCGGGAGUUCUGCUGCUCCUGGGGGCAGGCAUUGUCUGGAAAAUAGUUUCCAAGCAGAAGGAAGGCUAUUAUCGUACAUAUGAAAAUUACAAUUACCAAACCCCUCUGAAUCUGGUAACUCAACAGAAAAGCUCAUGUCUGCCAUAGAAGGUAUGGAUUUAUAUUUCUCAACAUAAAAUAUCAGUUAUAGCUGCAACAAUUAUAUGCUUAUUUGUUUAUAUUGUUGUCUACAUUGUCUACUUCAAUGACUGUUUUACUAAUAUAAUCAUUCAAGCAGAAACCUCUUUCCCCUUAAUCUUCUGGUAAGAUGUUUUCUUUGGCAGAAUAAAAGAGACUGUUUUAAACAUACUGGGGUUUUUUUAGACAUCCUAUUUUUCUUUCUGAAACCAACCUCAACGUGUGUCUUUCCUUUUCUGUAAUCUGAAUGGAUAGUGCUCACAGGUCAGACUUCCAGACUAGUCCUUGCUUCUGACAUAAAACUGCUUUCAAUUUUUUUAUGGUUUAUGGGAGAGCUUGCUCUCUAAAAGACUACUUAACCAGCAGUAGUGUCAGAAAAAGACACUGAACUGGGCUUUUGGUUUUUUUUUCUUGCUUUCACACUUACUACAAUGAUAUUUUUACUGACAGGUGAAUCUACUUUCUAUGCUGAAUCUGUUGGAGCAAAGAGUGAAUUUUCAGUGUUAGCAGCACUCUGAGCAUAAUCAGCUUUGACUAUAAAGAGGCUUGGUUUUGGGUCACUUCUUUGAAACAAAGCACUUCCCAGAAAUUCUCUCCUCCCUCCCUGAGUGACAAUGUAAUCCCUAGACAUCAGCACGGAAACAGGAAAAGUCUAAUUAUAACACGAGCAUGUCAUCUUUUUCCUAGGCUGGGCACCCGUGUGGCUGCUAACCAGGGACUUGGCUCGUUCUCCACAGGGAGGGCUGCAUGGAAGUGCUGCUCGAGACUGAAAUUCUGUGGCAAAAAUAAGACACCUUAUUGUAAAUCUUUAAUGCUCAUUCUGCUCCCAUUAAUUACUGUAAUAAUCUAACGAGGCUCAGACUGCACGCGGCGCGGAUGCUGCCCCCGAGGGAAUUCUGUGUGCUGCUUCUGAUCAAGAAUACUUCAUCUGCAAAGCCAAAAAAUCUGGAUAAGCAAGUGCCAUUAAAGCGUUCCUGCGCGGGGGUGGGAGUCACAGCAUGUUAAUUAAUGUCUUAAUAACAGCUGCAUUCACAUCUCUGUAUUUCCUUUCAGCAA